GAGAGAUUUUACUGUAUAUACACGAAACUAUAAACAUCAGACCGGUUUCUUGUGUUUGGCAUCUAGAAAAUAACAUUAAGAAAACAAAUUCAAUAACGUUAUUCUUUGACAAAGAACUACACCAUCAUCACAAUGAAAUAUAGUUAACUACCAGACCAAAUGUACAUGGUACAGUCGCUACAAUCAGCUACAAUAAUGUUUAGGAGGUUAUAAAGUUUGUAACUUUUUAUUGUGAGUCGUCGUAACUAAGUACAUAACAUUGUUCUUUUGUAAUGUGUAGCGAUGUGAAUGCAAUAGGGUGUGUAUGUAGGCACGAUGCGGUGCUGUCUGAAACGAAGUUGAAUUCUAAAAAAUUAAACGUUCGUCGAAGAUACGAAUCUAUGCGAUUCCAAUCUUUUCCGACGUAAUGGCUUUCUGCAGUCCCACGUGUCGAAACAUUAAUUAGUUCAUGCUAUGUGUUUAAUAUCGCGCGAUGAAAACUCGUCAUUGUUAAAUAGGGUGGACGUGCACACAUCUAGAACGCGGCCACACGUUUGUUAGAACAUUUAGCCGGCCCAUAAUCAGUAAUCGGAGCCUGUUUCAGUAAUCUGUCGUUCUGGACCAAGGCAGACUUUGCUUACGAAAGUCAAAUGUUACGACCCACACGAUCGUUCACGCUUCGUGGCGGUGCUGCGACAGAGGCGAGUUGCUCGUUCGCUUAAAAUUCACGGUUCUUCGACCGGUACGACUCUUAUAUUCCGUGAGUGAAUCCUUCGCAUCUUUUAAGCAGAAAACAGUGCGUUGUUUACCUAUUUUACUCUCGAAUAGAUUAAAGCAUUAAAACUGUAUAAUGUGUAUAUAUUUGAAAUUCUUACUGUAAAAAUCGCUUGUAAACGAAGGAAUCGACAAAUUGCAUGGAUGCAAAGAUAAAUUGAGUUUCAUGCUAAUACUUACGUCAGUUUCACGUGCAGUAAUUAACAUACGGAGGAAAUAGCGAGUGACCUGUUUCGAAAUUUCGAUGAACGCGCUGAUUGUACGACAAGGAGUAUUAGGAAUUAAUAUGAGGAACGAAACGCUGUUUUCGAUUCUUUGAAACGUCUUUUAACGGGAGUGAUUCGUAUGAAAGACAAACAAGAGUUUUAUUUUUACCGAUUUAUUACCAUCGUCCGCUCAUAAUGUUCGCGCUUGUCGAAUUCUGCGCGUGGCUUUGUUUAAUACGUACAAUUCAUGGUUCGACCUUGACUGAACCUCCGCAAUCGGUAGUGGUCGUUGCAUUCGAGGAUGUCUAUGAUUUGUCAUUAUUAGCCAAUACUUUGUCGGAUGAAGGAAUCGACGCGACACUGAUCAUACCGGAGCAAUAUCAAAAUGAUCUCCACGAAAAUUUAAUCGGAGUGGAACUGGUAUUGCUGACUGUCGAAAUAACGAAGUCCGCGUAUCCUGAGAGCAAAGCGAUUCAGAUUUGCGAGGCUUUCUUGAAGGACGAGCAAAUUGCGAAGAAAAUAUCCGAAAUUCAACCUACAUUCGUCGUAUUUCCUGGUCUUAGGCAUGACGGUUGUUUGUUGCCAUGGUCAAGAGUUAUUCAGUCGAUACCAGUGAUAUGGACGCGGAACCGAGACGAAGAGAUCUACGUUUUCGAAUAUACUGGCACUGCUUUGCCGGUUCAGAGUGCAGGACUUUGGACAAGGCUGCGGACAAGUCUUUCACGGAGGUCGAUCUUCUCGACGGCCAGAGACGAGUACACCGCGUAUGCUCUCCGGAUGGGAGGAAAAUACUUGCCAGAGACUGGUUUCAAUUUAGACAAUCUUUACACGGAUGUCCGCCUUAUAUUAUGGGGUGGCGACGUCAUCCUACGUUCAGAUUUCGCUCCGCUCACGCCGCUGAUAGUUGAAGUUGGCUGUCAUCAUUGUAGAGCAGCAUAUCUGCUUCCCGAAAAAUUGCACGAAUCAUUGGUAACGUUCAAAUUAGGCACGACUGCGGUUUUCUUGAACGAUGGUCAUGAGACGAUGAUUAAGGAUAUGGCGCGUACGUUGCCUCAAGGCAGGGACGGUUUAGCUGUGGCUUAUAAGACCAAGGGAUGGCAAAGCUCAAAUAACCCGGAGAACCUUUUUAUUGCUGCAACGGUUGAUCGGCAAGAUCUGAUAGGUAACGCGCGCGCGAAGGUGGUAUUAAGUCAUUGCGCCGAUACCGAACUUCUAGAAUGCGGCUUCCAUGGGACUCCGGUGAUAUGUUUUCCAAGGAACGUACAUGAAUCCAAGAACGCUGCUCGCGCGGUGCAUUUAGGUUUCGCGCGUUCUGUAGAGGAUAUUCGCGCCAUCUCUGGUACAGAGCUAGCAAACAUGGUGAUGCAGAUGCAUCUGACAAUGGAUUACCGGGAGAACGCGCGGAGAGUGUCCGUGGCUAUCCGCGACAGGAUAAAUCCAGCUGUAGACAGACUGACUUAUUGGCUCCGUUACACGGCUCGGGCCAAGGAUCGAAACUUGGAGUUUUUGACGUCGAUCAGCCCGGCGAGAACGCCUAACGAGGACCUGCAAUUUUUGCUUGGCUUAUUCGCGGGCUGCAUAGUGGGGAUUUGCGUGACCGUUGGUUGCAUGUUGACGUGGUAUCUCUUUACGUCGAAGAGGGCGCAACUAUCGAAAGGACGGUACACUCAGUAAAAAAUAUUCUGCCGAGAUCCUCUCAAGAAGCUUGGCACGUACAGGAGUUUGCAGUAUACAUACACUGAAAUGAAAAUCCGUGUCACGCAACACGAUAUGCUGAUCCUCUAACGGUAUGAAACAUAUGACAUUGUUGGACCACCCGUGUUUAAGAACAUUGAUGCGAAUUAGAAAAUUCCCUCUCUAUAGGAGCGUGGAGCGCGACUGAUACAACGAUCAUAAAGAGUUGUAAAAGACUCCUGAAAUUCGCACAUAGGUGGUAAUCGCAAGUCUGAUGCGAUAGGUAUUGGAUGGACACCUACUCCGACUAUGAGCGUAUUUCAGAGGUUUUCUUUGGAAAGGCCAAAUGUAGCAAAAUUGAAAACAAGAUAGCUAGUCUCAUGGUAAUGUGACCGAGAGGUCUUUUUCACUACUCUCUAUGCUUACGUUGGCAAUUCCAUACUAGAGGGAACUCUGUACAUUCAAAGGGGGUAUUCUGGUUCAGACCAGACAUUUUCUAUAUCGACAAACGCGAAUGUAUUUUAUAAACAGACAAUUGAUCCAGUUUUUCCAAUGCCGUUUGGCAAACAUUUUCUAGUCUAUAAGGAUCGAAAAAGAUCAAUUUCGUGAUUUGGGAAAUCCAGAAUGCCCUCUUCUCACCCACCGACUCAAGGUGCUUGAAAUUUUCUUAAACGUUUAAUAUCGGCUACAUCUAAUUUUCAUUUUUAUUAUUGGGAUAGCAUCGUAAUAAGUUUGUUCUCCAAGCUAUGGGGCACAACCUACAUCUCGCCCGUGGUUCCGGCUAGAACGGAAGUGGUUAAAUACGGACACUUUUCGCAUAUGUAUUUAUAUAAAUGCACGUAGAGUACAGGUACAUACAAAUACAAAUGUUACGAGCUAGGGUGUUAUCGCAUUGCUAAUGAAGAGACGUAACUAUUACGAGAAUACUUGAUCGUUAAGAUUGAUUGAUCGGAAGAAAAGCUAGAAAGUACAAUGUAGCGAUGUGAGGAAAAAUAAAUUACAAAAUUUUCACAAUA